GUUUGAUUUUUCAGAUGCAAGAUUAUAUUUAAAUUGUAAGAGUUUCUCCAGGAUCAAUGCCACAUGUCUACUCUAUAGAUUAUAAAAGGACAAAAACGUCGAACAAAUCCAGAAUAUUACUCGACUCUAAAAUUCCUUCGAAAGUGCAUUUUCCUGUUACAAACAAGUGAUGAUGAUGUGAAGCAAUGUUGAAACACACUUAGCGAUAAUAACAAACGUGUUCGAUAACAUUUACACAUCAUUCAGAUCAAAUCUUUACUUUAAUGGAUAUAGUGGAUAUAGUUGAGUAAUAUCGUUAUCAUUCGUUAUCAUAAGCUGUCUUGUCUUAUAUAUAAAAAUGGAAUAAAAGUAACGGCGAAAAAAAUCUCGUUUCUUCAACACAAUCAGUGAAACGGCAAAAUGAGGAGCAUUAUUUGUAUCUUGGCACUGCUGUGCGCAAUUCAUGCAUUGGAACAAAAUGUGACAGACCCCUCGCGCAAUCUCGAGCGAUUGGUGAAGAUACGCAAAGCAGUCACCGAAGCUACAUUUAACAAUAUAUCACGUUUCGAGAGGCGAACGAAGCAGAAUCUGGAGAUUGAACUUAACGAACUGAAAAUCGACGCUUUGCUCGAUAUUCACAAUACUAUCGAGGAGGCAUUCGAAAAUGUCGAUUCAUCUGUCGACAAGGGAAGAGAAGAGGGUAAAAAUGUAGACGAGUGUGACGAUUACGCAAGGAAUAAUCUGGAGACGAAAAACACAAAUGCGAUUGCUAAAUUGGAGGCGUGCAUCGAAAACGGCUACUCGGCCAUGAAAGACCCAUUAGCAAACGUGGCCAUCAUUAUUGAGGCGGUGAAAAAAUUGCUGAUCGAUUUGGACGCCAUCAUGCCAAACUGUUACUCUCCGACCUUUCUUAAAAUGCAAGUCUGCGUUGUGGAGAAGAUUGAUCUGAGCAGAGCAUCGCUGGACAGUGUCAGUAAUUAUGCCAAGAAAGUGACAGCCACCGCGGGAGUCACGUAUACGAAAAUGAUUGCAGACGUGAGGAGUGGCAUAACAACGAACGCCGCUGACAUCCGCACUUUCAGCACGGAUAUCGUUAAUUAUACCGAUAAUUGCAUAAGAAAUGCACCUGAGGUCCCUGAAGAUCCCGAACUGUCAACUAUUUUCUAGUUAUUCACCUCGAAAGCUUUAAAUUUCGACAAGAAAAAACUAAUUCGAUAUGAGCCUCUAAUUAAAUUUUCUAUUUUUCUAAUUUGUACCUUACCUUUAAUUGAAAGCAUUAAUUAUUAAUCUAUAGACAUCAAUUGAUCGGUUUUAAAUUAGUCCACAUUAUAAUUUUUUUUUUUUUAUAAGAAAUAGCUUAUUUAGCGGUGUGCAUCUUUUCUCUGUAAAUAAUAUCACAUAAUAUAAUUAUAGAUCAAAUUGUAUUCCUAUUCAUUGUGCAAUCGAAACGCGUCUCGCUUCGGAUCGUAACUACGUAUUGCAGAUAUGUUAAAAAUAAAAAUUUAUGGUUACAUCAAAUAA